AUGAAUUUAGAACCAAUUGAUAAAUAUUUAAGAGAAAAUUCUUUACCUACAAUGGAAUUAAUUAUUGAACAAUUUCCUUCUUGUGGAAUAUGCGGAGAAAAUAAAGAAGCGUCAGUAUUCAAAUUAAAAGGCUGUGAAGACUAUUUUCACAGAAAAUGCAUAUUAGAAUUGAAAAAUGAUGCAUUAUAUGAUACACUAUCUGCAGAAAUUCGAAGAAGGCAAUACAGACAUGAAUUAAAAAUGCCUAUACUUCAGAACGGAGAAAAUCCAGUUUAUACCUACAAAUUUGAUCCAACAAUUACCAGACAAAAAGAAUAUAAUAAAAUAGAUUGUUAUAAUCUUCAGGGAGGGCAAUUUACGAGAACAAAAAUUUAUUUUCUCCCUUUGGUACCUAGAAGUCAAAGGCAAUACGAAUUUCAUUUACGCAUUUCUCCAAAUAUUAGAACUGUUGGCCCUAAAUUAUUACCGAUUGUUUGGAUUGUUCAAUUAGAUUGUUUAAUUGGAUGUAAUAAAUAUUUAGAUACACAAAUAUUGCAAACACAAAACUCUUUGGAAAAUGCUGGAAAAGUUGUCUUUUAUUUAUUAGCUUCUCCUGUAGUUAAUGGAGAAGGAUAUGAGGCUAUAACUAAUUUAAAAAUUAAAAUUACUUCACUUGAUAAAUUGGCAGGAAAAUAUAGAACAUAUACAUGGGAAAAUGUUCUGCCAGAAUUUGGAAAAGAACAUCAUUUUCAAUUUGGGCAUUACGAACCAAAUUCAGAAUUAGGACUUUAUUUGCAAUUUAAAUUUGAUUUAAAUUAUUUUUCGCCUCUAAUUUUGAAUAAAAACGAGGUUGGUGCUCGCCCAAUAAAAUAUAAAGCAAAAUUAAUUGCGACUGGUUGGUUUUGCAACAAAUAUAGUUCUAAAAUUUUUGGAAAUAUUAUUGAAUUGCCUGAUAGUUCAUUGGAAGGAGAAACUUUUCAAAUACCUUUGGGAGGUACAAAUGGAAUUGUUCCUUUAAAAAGGAGAUCUUCCUGGCCUUUUUCUCUUUUAAAUUGUAUUAAAGAAGAUAAAGUAAAUAUUAUUAGAUAUUUACAAAAUAAUACUUUUCCUUCAAUGGAAUUAAUUAUUGAACAGAUGCCUGUUUGUGGUAUAUGUGGAGAAAAGAAUUAUGGAGAAGUUGUUAAAUUAAGCACUUGCGAGAAUGGUGAAAAUCCCACCUAUACGUACAAGAUUGGACUAGACAAUAAACAAAGAAAUUAUAAUAUUGUGUCAAUUUUAAAUUUUGGAGAUUCUGACAGUGAAAGUCCUCCAACAGUUCAAAAUACAGAAAUUGCUCCUUCAAAAGGGAAGAAACCUAUUGAGGCUGAUAUUGAAGAAAUUAAUAUCAGAAAGACUGAGCCUUUUGGUGAAGGUUCUUCUAAGAGAGCUGAAGUUUAUAAUGACGAAGAGAUGUCAUUAUAUCAACAAUUUCUUCGUGGUCGUGUUGAAAAUGAAGGUACUUCAUCGAAAAAUACUAGCGGCGAACUUGGAUCUAUUAAAAGUCCAAUUUCUCCAGGAACUUUUGAAAGAGUUUUUAAAGGAGGGGGGAAUGAAGCGUUUACUACUGAAAAUGAAAUUGAAGAGCCUGUUGAAAAGAAGAGUAAACUUCCUAGAUGGAUUUCUAGACUUUUUACUAAACAAGAAAAACAGGAAGAACUUUCUGAAGAGGAUAAAACAAAAAAUGAAUUGAUGGAGAAUUUUCUCUCAAAUAUUCCUCUAGAAACUAUUCAAAGCGAAGAUGAACUAAGUGAAAACGAAGUUGUAGAGUUAAAAAGUGAUGAACAAAUGGAUGAUUUUAUAAGAGAACAAAGUGAUAGAUUGAAACAAACUAGUAGAUUACUUACAAUACCAGAAAUUACAGAGGAUGAAUUGUCAUCCUCUCCUUUGAUCAGAAAAAGGAAUAAAAACGUUGAGAAAGAACAAUUAUCCGAAUCAAGCAACAAAUCUUUUAAAAGUGCAAGUGGAGGACAGCCUUCAAAUAAUUAUAUACCUCCAGAUAGAAAGAGUACAACAAAUUCUUCGUCGGCUUCCUUAAAUUCUGGAAAGAGUACACCACCUCGAUAUGCUUUAUCUAAAGAAGGAAGUUCGGUUCAAAGUAAUUCGCCCAUUGAUAAUGGCAGUCCUACUAUAUCUAUUAAUUCAGACAAUGGAUUAAGACGGAGAAAUCAAAGUUCUAAAAGAAGCCCUUUGGGGGGAACAACUUCUCCGAAUAAUCAAAUUUUACAACGUUCAUCAUCUAGCAAGAGUGUAAAUCAACCUUCACUAUCAGAACAAACACUUACACAUUCAUCUUCUGGCAAAGAAAGUAUCGAUACUUUUGUUUCAGCGCAAACAUAUUUUUCUUCUGAAAGAGGUGAAAAUGUUUCAUCUUCUCCUCUUCCUUCCGAUUUACCUUCUUCUCAUCAUUCUGCUUCUCCUUCACCUCAUCCAUCUGUUUCUUCUUCUCCUCUUUAUCAUGGAAAAGCAAUCACUUCAUAUGCUCAAAACUGUUCAAUCUCCCCUCUUUUAAUUAGAAAACCUGUAGAAUUCCAGCAAUCUACAGCUUUUACUCAAAUAUACACUCUUCCAUCUCCUGCUAAAACUUCUCGAUCAAAACAAAGUGAUUCAACUAAUUCUAGUCAAAGAAUUCAAUCAAAAGAAACUUUAAUUAGUACCUCCUCAUCUUCUCAAAAAGCACAUUCAAAUAUUUACUUCAAUACAACCGAUAAUUUCGAAGAAACAAAAUCCUCAGAUUCUUCUUCAGAUUCUGACAAAAGUGUUGUAAUUGAGAAUAAUGAAACAAAUAAUAACACAAAACAAAUUACUAAAAUAUCAACGCCCUUCUAUACUCCAUUAAACACACCUUUAAAUGAUCCUUCAAAUACUUCAUUAAAUCCUUUAAAUAUUCGAGAAAUUCACGAAAUUGGAGAAGAAGAAAUUAAUUACGAAAAUGAAAAUAAUGAGAACUCUAUGGGAGAAGAAACUCCAUUAAUUGGCGGAAAUUUGGAUUAUGAAAAUAAAGGUGAUAAAAAGAAAAAACAAAAAGGCUAUUCUGCGACUGAAUUAAAUCUGGAUUUGAAAUAUGGCUUGCAGAAAUUAAAAGAUAAAUUUACGAGGAAAUUAAGCAAGAAAUAA